CCUCCUCCUCCUCCUUUCCCACCUGGGCUUUGCCUCCUCCGUCCUCCUGCUCCUCCUCCUCCUCCUCUUUCCCAGGUCUGGGCUCCUACUCAGCAGCAGCAAAACCAGCAGAAGGAGAAGGAAGAAGGCGGCACUGGCUGCUCCUGAGGCUGAGAGCUGAAGCGCCGGAAUGGCUUUCGGGAAGAGCCAGAAGGACCCCUUUGGCACCGCGGUGGGCUACCUGAUAGAAAAGGCUACUUUUGGAGCCCUACAGACAGAAGAAUGGGGUCAGUUCAUGCAUAUCUGUGACAUCAUCAACACAACAGAGCAAGGGCCCAAGGAUGCUGUCAGAGCAUUAAGGAAAAGGCUUUCUAAAAACUGCAAUCAUGUUGAGAUCCGUCUUACCCUGUCUCUCCUUGAGAUGUGCAUGCAGAACUGUGGUCCGAGCUUCCAGUCUCUAGUUGUGAGAAGAGAAUUUUGCAAAGACCGGCUCGUGAAGCUGCUGAAUCCAAGAUUCAACCUACCAGUUGAUAUGCAGGAGAAGAUUUUGACCUUUAUCAUGACCUGGGCCAGGGGAUUCCAAGGUGCUGUGGAUGUAAGUGAAGUCAAAGAGGUUUACCUGGAGCUUCUUAAGAAAGGAGUAGAGUUUCCAUCCUCUGAGAACAGCAAGGGAGCAACAAAGCCUUUGCCUCAGAUUGCCAUGAAGGCAUCCAAUGGUACCUCUGUGAAAGGUUUAUUGGGAUCCCUCUCCCCAGGUACAAUAAUGACGCUGAUUCCAGAGCAGGUUGGGAAGCUGUACAGUGAAUUGGAUAUGGUUAAAAUGAACGUGAGGGUCAUGUCAGCCAUACUGAAAGAAAAUGUUCCAGGGUCAGAAAAUCCAGAUGAUAUGAAACUGUUACAGAAGCUGUACAAGACAUGCAGGGUAAUGCAGGAGAGAAUCAUGGAACUGCUAGCAACUGUGCAGAAUGAAGAUGUAAUCACUGAACUGAUACAAGUAAAUGAAAAUCUGAAUAAUGUCCUACUGGGACACGAGAGGUUCUCUCGAAACAGAGUACGUUUCUUGGAGAAUCAGAGGAUUCAGAAUGAACGCACAGCGGUCAAUGGCAACCAGCCGUCUGCUCCUUCAUGUGAUUUGCUGGAUCUUGAGUCUAGUGUUCCUGCUAUCGUGCCAAAGCCUGAGGGAGUUGGCCCAGUGACUCCUCACCCAUCAGAACUAAAUUGCCAACCACGAAGUCUUGCGGUUCCAAGCCCUCAUCCACCACUUUACCCUCAAUUAACAUCACUUCCUACUACAUAUACUCAACAGUCUUUGUUCACAACAGAAGCACAAAACACAUGCCAAAGCUUUACGGGUGGCCAAACAUAUGUCAAUGUAAACACAUGUUUAAAUCCAGUGCCUUUGUAUCCAGUAAGACUUCAAAGUAGUGAUUCAAGAGAUGCACCACCAGCAGCAGAUACAUCAAAAAUCAUCCCACCACCUCCUAAUUACUAUGAACUUAUGGAAUUUGAUCCUCUAGCUCCCAGUGACAAGACAGAACCUAUUUAUGAAGAAAUUGAUGAACAUCUCUUCAAAGCAAGCAUUAAAAACAAAAGUAGUUGCUAGAAGCAGCAGCCCACAAAAACAACUUUACCAGUGUAAGAGAUUGUUUCGCUCAUAAACAACAUAUCCAUUAAUGGACAGAGAAUUUCUGGACCAGUAGAUGAAGAAUACUACAAAUUUAUCAGACAAUUCAUCUGGGAGACAACUUAAAACAUCAGUCCUGCAUACUCAGCCUUAAAUAUAGUACAUUAGGUUCUGCUGGCUGCUAAGGGAGCAAUGUUGUACAUGUACAGUACAUACUUUGAAUCAAAGUCUACAAAUUAUGUGGGGGACUCUGAUUUUUCUUUUUAAAAACCCUUGUAAGGCGCCUAAGACCCAUGUCAUAAGCAUGACUGUCCUUGAAUAAGGUAUGUUUAUUUCACAAUACAUUCUGUUUAAUAAUGUAAGUGAAAUAUUUUUCAAAGAGUACAACAGAACUUCAGAACAGGGUUAGCUAUGUGUAAUCUGACUAGCAUCAAUUGUGCUUUACUGGAAGCAUGUACAGCUUGAACUAAAGAUGUACAAUGAGAACUCUGAGCCCAAAGUAAGUACCAGUUUGGUAACCCAGAUAGGAACGGUGAUAGCUAUGGCCACAGGAUUUGCUUGCAGUCUAUUUUGCAGGAUGGAAUUUGCCUUCUGUCCAAAGGAGAAAUUUAUGACACUCCAACUGUUGUUGGAUUGCAGCUCUGCAUCCCAGACAACAUCUGGUGUGGUUACACAGUCCUUUUCCCUGCUGUAUACCUUUCUCAGUGUCUUUGCCUCAUAAUAUUGACUGCUUGCCCUGUGUGCAGAUUACUUAUUUCCUUACAAUAUGUUUUUAGUCUUAUGACUAAUCACUACAACAUUUUUCUGUAAACCUAGUUAUUUGAAACACUAAUUAUCCUGAAUGAUCACAACCAGUUCCAGAACAAAUGUCACUAAUAACCAAAGAGGAAGAUUUGUUAUAAUAGUGUGUUAGGUUCUACUUCUAUCUUGCCAACUUUUUAAAUCUCUUCUAGGUCAAUUUGUUUUCCAUUAAAGGAGAGUGAAAUACUGCUCAGAGUCCACAAAGGUUCUAAGAGCUAGGACUAGAUAUAGCUGCUCCCACUGAAGGCUCUAUUCUAUUUGGAGUAGCUAUAGGAAGAUAUUUACAGUAAGUCAGUGGAACAGGAGAAGUUGUGUACGCUCCCCAUGGUAGUACCUUGAGGAUGACUUUGCGCUAACAUCUGUUCCUGCUGUGGCUUUUCCCUGUCUCCAACCACUCAGGUUAUUUUUUAAGAGAUAAUGGAUAUUUACAUAGUCAUGGGAACACUGAAGAUAAAAAGUAUGACUGGGAGGAUGUGCCUUUUCUGAAAGUCAAAUGUGCACUUUUCUCAGAUUGUGCUCAAAAAUUAGGUAGUGUCAUUACAAUUAGCCACUCUGACCAAUGCUUAGCACUGGAAAUGGGAUCUUAAUACUAAUUUCUGUCUUUAAUGUUAAAUUAUGUUUUAUAACAGCUAUGCUUUUUUAUAAUCUAAGUAAACAAUCCUAAAUUGAAGAUGAGUUUUUACUAAAUGAACGGUUCGAUUAACUAUACAGCUCAGUUAUAAGACACACUUUCACUUGCUUUUAGAUAGCCUCCUGUAUUUUGUGUAUAAUGAUUGUCUGUAAGCAAGGGCACUUCACUUUAUUGAUUUUCUCUGUUGUCAGCCAACUUCAGCCUAAAGUUUGUUAGGUCUUUGCUACAUUUUUUGAAUCGUAUUUCUAGCAUCACUGUUACUGGGCAUUCUUACAAAAUACAUGAAUGAAUA